AUGAAAAGACAAAUUAUAUUGUUUACUUCUUUAUUUAUAUUUUCUCUUAAUUUAACGUUGUCAUAUGAAAAAUCAAAUAAUAGAUUAGGAUAUUAUAAUGAAGAAAAUGCAGACAAUAAGGAGAAGAAUAAAAUUACUUUCAUGUUUAACGAUAUUAAGGUAGGUAUGCAAAAUGAUGUGGAAGAAAAUUUAGAUAAUGGAAAAAAUGUGUUAGAAGAUGAACAUUUGGUUAUAGGGCAAGAAGGACAAACCGACAAUGAGGGUCCUCAUACAGAAACUAAACCUGAAAGAUCUGUUGAAUCAGGAGGUACAGGCGAUAGCGUUUCAAAUCAUGAAUCGGAAUUACCAAGAGAUACAGAAACUCGUGAAGUUGUAACAACAGUACAACCAGGAACACAAUUAGGAGAAUCAGGAGCAAAAGAAACAUUAGAGUCACAAACAUCACCAGCACCACAGGGAACAUCAGGAUUACAAGGAGAAAAGGUACCAGGUGCCUUAUCAAGUGUAUCACAAACGUCUAGUCCCGAUGUAUCAUCAAGAUCUGAACAACCACAAACGAUGCCAGAAUCACCAAGACCAGAAGGAACAUCAACCGAAUCACAACCAAGAGGAUCGACAGAAUCAGAUGCAAGUAAUAAAAAUGGUUCCCAAACUAAUGUUAGGACAAUUUCAAAUUCUAGUAAUAGUAUCACAUCUCCUCAAACGACACAACCUAGUAAUAAUCAAAAUAAUACAGUAAGUACAACCUCAGAAGUGAAAUAUUUAGAUCUCCUUUAUGAUGAACUUCUUACAAAUAGCGAAGGAAAACAUCAAGUUCAUUUUGGAGAAAAUCACAAAAAAUAUAAUAUUUUUAGAAAGCAUUAUGAUAAUUUUGUCAUUAAUCAAAAAGAGUAUGAUAUAAUUAAGAAACUUCUUAAUUCUAUUUUUAGAGAUAAUAAUGAAAAUGAAAAAAUGAAAAAUUUAGUCAGCAUUUUUCAAAAAGCAUUAAAUGACAAGAAAUUUCAUGAUCAAUUUAAAAACUUUAUUUAUGGUAUUUAUGGAUUUGCAAAACGUCAUAGUUAUUUAAGAAAUGAAAAAAUACAAAACGAUAGUGAAUAUAAAGAAUUCUUUGAAAAUGCAGUGGAUUUAUUAAAUACACUUUGA